UGGUUCUCGUUUGAAGAGAUCGUGUUGAAAAUAAAAGCGAAUUGUUGCCCCUUGAACCUCACUUCGAUCGGACAUUGUGGACAAGUUAGAGAUGACAAAAAUGGCAAGGUCCCAAAGUGAAACUGAGUCAGAAUUGGGAUGUCGUUCAUCCGCAAGUGAUCAGGAAAGCUUUGGCAAUAUAUUUGAUAAUAAAUUAAAGAGAAUUAAUAAAGGUCGCUGGACAAAGGAAGAGGACGAUAGAUUGAAACAUUUGGUGGAGUCUGAGAGCUCCGAGGACUGGGAGAAGAUUGCGAGUUACUUUGAUGACCGAAGUGAACAUCAAUGCCUUCAUCGCUGGGAGAAAGUUCUUAAUCCAGAUCUCGUAAAAGGAGCUUGGACGAAAGAGGAAGAUCAACAAGUUGUCGAGUUGGUCCGGAGGUUUGGACCAAAACGAUGGUCAACAAUCGCGCAACAUUUACCUGGGAGGAUUGGGAAGCAGUGUAGGGAAAGGUGGCACAACCAUCUCAAUCCAGCGAUCAAGAAGACAGCGUGGACAGAAGAGGAAGAUAAGAUUAUUUACGACGCUCAUUCAAAGAUAGGAAACAAGUGGGCAGAGAUUGCUAAAAUGGUCCCGGGGAGGACCGAUAAUGCGAUAAAGAAUCAUUGGAACUCCACGAUGAAAAAGCGCGUUGAAACUCAAGGCUAUGAAGAAUAUAAAGAGAACAGAUAUAGAACAGGAAAAUAUUAUAACAAAGUUUCAAGACAAAAGGACAAAAGACGAGCUCACUGGUCCCAUUGUGAAGUUUCCCGGGACAAUCGCGCAAUGCAAGCAUAUCAAUCACAAGAUCUUGUUGAGAUUAUACCGACCAUUGCACGAGAUACUACUCAACAGAUUUCUUCCUCGUUUGCUGAUUGCAAGAACAUCACUAGCGAUCAAAGAAAUGCCAACUCGACAGCAAACAGCGAUGCCUGUCAAACGACGAACCCCAAUGAUAUGUUGUCGCCAUUGAGGACGAUCACGGAUGAACUGAAGGAUCUUAAAGAUCUUUUUGAUCUUGAUCAACAAACCUGGUCAGGAGUGAGUGGUUUUCUCGAUGACUCCAGUCCAGACAUGCACGCAGCGAAGAGGAGUGGCAAAUGGAACUCGCCAGGAAUGUUUGGCUGUCGAUUGGAUGGGAAAACAAUAGCCUCUUUACAGAGCAGCAAUGGAAAAGGAUCUCUCAUUCCGAUCACAUCACCUCUUGUAACGAGCCGAUUCCGCACACCUCCAGCUAUCUUGAGAAAAGGCAAAAAGAGACGACGCGAGUCAUGCAGUAAUACUUCGUUAAAUGCCACAACCUCCUCGCUGAACUCAACAUCAGGGGCCACACCCCAGAGUACGCCGAUAAAAUCCCUUCCCUUUUCCCCCUCGCAGUUUUUCAACAGUCCAAUCACGGCGAGAGGGGGAACCCUGAUCUGUACCUCCACCCCCUGUUCCUCCCGGCCCACCCUCACAUCGACACCAGUGUUUUCAAGAGACUGUCUCAACACGCCCAAGAUCGAGGCAAACGGCACGUUCAGGACUCCUAAAAUAAGACGAUCAUUGCUCACUGACAGUCCCCGUACACCCACGCCUUUCAAAGAAGCCUUAGCGACCUUCCAAGCUUCCACUAUGGCAAUGAACGGUCAUUUGGAGCAGGAUAUCACGGAAAUUAUUGAACGAGACGAAGCUGAAGCCGCGCAGGAAAUCAUUCCGUCUUUACAACACGCUAACUGCUCUGUGGGAAACAUGAGACAAACCUUGGAAGAGAGCUACCAGGCUGGCUUACCCCAGAGCAUGUCAGAAACCUUUCUAACCACCGUGCAACCAAUCAUGUCAUCCAACUCGGCCGAGCUCCCUAAGAACUCGACAGCUCCUGUUCACGUGGAAUUGGGGGAUAAUGGUCUGGACGCAUCAUACAUUUCCCCGCUCUCUUCAUCAGCAGUCAAACCUCACGAUGUUUUUGGAGUAGGAGAUGAAUACGUGACGCCGAGUAAAACUCUUGACAAUCAUCAUCAUUUCAAUGAUUCGUAUGGUCAAAUAUUAACUUUUGCUGCGGCAAUCGAGGGUAGUCCCGUUCAGGAAAUUCAACAGAAGCCAUCGCCAGUACCAAACUUUUUAUCUUUCGAAACUCCAACUGGGAACCAUAGUAUAUUAUUCAAGACAUUUCAAGAAGUGGCGUGUGGACAGACAGAGGAUCAGAAAUUCCUGACAGAACAGGCGAGGCAGUUUGUCUACAGGCAAACUGCACGUUCACUUAAAUUCACCCAUCCUACGUACGAGCCCGAGAUGGCCAUGGUUUAAGGACAGCACGCAGCCCUGGCAAGCAGAAAACGAAUAACUUCAGAAGCUUAAAGUGGUGCGACACGUUUCACGUUUGCAUGUUGAUCAAACUGAAAACAGAAGACACCUGGCUGCGGAAUCAAUAGAGUAUUUAAUGGAAAUCGAUGAAAUAAAGAGGUGGUUAUUAUUAGUGAAAAUGCUGGUUACUUUCUUCCAUGCUGUAACUCUGCCCAUUCGAGGCGUACGGUGAUAAAUUUGCGCAGGUCCAAAUGAUUGGGUCCCAGUGUCAUAUUUGAACGUCACUCAUACCACUGAUCUGGGUUGUUACACUGGACUUCGAACAUAUGAAUUGUACAGACAAUAUGAGAAUAUGAGAAUUUCAGAACCUAUAAUUGUUUCUUCUCUUCAAAUGUUGCAGAUUUUCCACUUUGCUUGAGAUUUUUAAA